CUGUUUUCAAGUAAUGUGCGCUAUGCGUUUCCUAUUUGACGUUUGACGACAAAUUUUUCUGACAGUCACCCGUAACUUGAACGUCUGAUAUAUUGAUCACAUGAUGGUUGUUUUAACUCCAUAUUAAUGCAAGAUAUGAAUAAUUCAGCAAGUUCAACAUCAUGCAAAAGGAAACGUGAUGAUGAAGAUGAAUCAAAUGGUGAAAACAAACCUGUGAAUGAUAAACAAGGCAACCCCUGUGUACAGUCACAGUCCAACAAAUGCUCAGUGAGAGAGGGGCAUUCCUGGUGGACUUGCAUGAUGUUAGAUAAUAUGCCAAUGUCCAUGACAAAACCUCAAAGAGUGGAUCAGAAUUCCUCCCAGAAAUAGUUUUACAAUUACUUCUUUAAUUUGUUUACAUUUGUCAAUAAGAAUUGACAUUAUAUUUUUGUAUGCUUCUUUUGAACAACUUUGUUACUAUUUUUAGAUUUAUUUUUUCCCGUAACAUGAAAAAUGUAGAUUGUACUUACAUGAAAUAUAAAAACAAACAAUAGACUUUUUACAUGUUUUGCUUUGAUAUUUAAAAUCCUUAGUUGUCAAAAUCAAAAUUUCAUUGUAAAAUCUUAUUAAAUUUCGAUGAAAUCUUUCCCACUGGUUGAAAAUAUGUUGGAUGCAGAUUCAGGGAAUAAAGCCAGUGAGAAAGAUAAAACUACCCACAAUGACUUGGCCUUUAACACAGAUAAACUUGCUAAACUGGAGAAUCGUACUGAUGCCAUAAGUCAGGAAGAUCCUGAUGGCGAUGGAUCAAGAGCUAUUUCCUUACCCUGUCCCCCAUUAAAGCCAGAAGAUAGCGAUUGCUGUGGGUCAGGAUGUGUUCCCUGUGUGUUUGAUAUAUAUGAACAGGAUUUAAAGAUAUGGAAACAAGAGUGUCGAAAAAUACAACAAAACCUGAGAAACGGAGACGAUCAGAUUGAUGGAUGUCUUCUAUCAGAAUCUGAGUACAGAAAGUUUCAGAUUACCGAGGUUAAACAAGAAACAAAAAAUUGCUUUCGUUAUCGACUUCAGCUUCCAGAAUUCUCUUCUUUGGGCCUGACUAUUGGACAGCAUAUAGUGAUAAGGGAUAUCAACAAUAAGUCAUCAGUGAGUCGGCAGUACACGCCUGUGUCUGAUGUCAACUGUAUGGGACACUUUGAUCUCCUUAUUAAGCUUUAUGAUCUUGGAAAGAUGAGUCAAUGUAUGAAAAAGUGGAGAGUUGGAACACACAUUGAGGUCAGAGGCCCAUUUGGAAGCCUUCAUUAUUCUGCAAACAAGUACAGGAAGCUGAUACUGUUGGCUGCUGGGACAGGAAUUGCUCCCAUGAGUCAGAUUAUUCAGGGUAUUCUGGGAAAUGAAGAGGAUGACACAAUGAUACAGAUGUUUUAUGCAUGUAAAUCUUAUAACCAGAUUUUAAUGAAGACCGAGUUAAAUGAUUGGUCCUCUUUCUGGAACUUUUCAGUGACGUAUGUUUUGAGCCAGGAACCUGACGAAAACAGCAGUCUAUCUUAUAGAUACGGAGAUUGUGUUGUCAGAGGUAGAAUAGUUCAAGAUUUUCUUGCCAAAACUCUGUCACCCUUGGACUUCAAUUCUGGAACCUUUGUGAUGGUGUGCGGGAAAAAAAGCAAUGUCAAAUAUCGUUUUACAGUCAAACCCGAACCACCUGAAACUAUAGACUGCGUUUCUCCUGAUUUCAAGGAACUGAUUUGUACCUGGAACAAAUCGAAUCCACACUCUGCCCCGACUAAAUGGGAGAUGUGGUACAGUUGGAGACCAGUAAACGGGUUAAAGUACAGUAAACAAGUACGUUGUCCAGCCGAGAUUCCAACGACUUUCUCCAUGACCUGCCGCUGGGCUUCUUGUAGAGACCCUUUGUGCAAAGAGGGCUUUGCCCCAAUGCGAGAGUACAGAGUUUACGUAGCCGGAUUCAGUCAACUUGGAAACGUAACUAAGACAUUCGACAUCACACCGGAACACCAUGUUAAACUUACUGUUGAAAAAUUACAAUUAAGAACAACUGCCACUUCUUUGGUCGUAAAGUGGACUCUUGACGAAGAUAUAUUCCUUUCAAUUUUUAAUUCUACUCUUGAUUUUGAAACCUCACUGGACAAUCCAACAACAGAUCCUAAGGUUUCAAAAUGGACCAUAAACUCAAAAGAAGAGACUGAGUUUACAAAAGAAAUUCCAGGCCUAUACCCAUUCACACGAUAUACAUUCUGCGUCAAAGCAAAGCUGUCGGGUAACAGGGGUUUUUGGAGUGAGCCCGUUUGUGACAAUGCGACCACCAAGGAAACAGCUCCUAUACAUGCGCCGGAAACCGACAGAUGGGCAUUUUACGUAGACGGCGACCAAAUUCAACUCUACAUGAAGGAAGUCCCUCUCCAUCUCCGCACCUCUAAAGAAUACAGAUACAGCAUUCAAGGUCUUGAGGGAGGUAAUAUUACAACCUCAGCGGUGACCCCAGGUAAUACGACGAUCACCAUCCCCGCGUCACGGAUCAGCGAGCAGGGGCCGUUAUUAAUCAGGUCUUGUAAUGACAUGGGCUGCAGCAGCGCUUCUACUCCAGUAAACACGGACAAAAUAAGAACAGAAUUUCGACCUCGAGGUGUAAUCGUAACGAAGAAGACCGACAGCUACACGGUGUCAUGUGACAUUCCCGAGAGGUUCCGGAAGGAAAUCCAGCUAACCAAAUUCUACUAUUGCCGGGGACACCGAGAAAAUAACAUUUGUCUGAGUAACUUUAAUUGGAUGACAAAAACUGGCGCUGAAUCCAAUUUGACAAUAAAAGUACCAGACGACAAAUAUGGAGCUUGGAUGUUUGGAGUCUCCAUAGUUGCUAAUGACAACACUUCCGGUGGCAUUUUGUUUGCAGAUUGCUAUUCUUCUUCAAAUAACAGUUGUAAAUAUGGCAACAUAUUGAAAGAAGAACAUGCCUCAGACAAGAUUUUGACCACCAUUCUUGUCGUGCUCCCUUCUGUCAUUUUAAUCUUGAUAGCGUUUUUAGUCCUUAGAUAUUUGAAACAACGUUAUUGUGAAGAAAUUAAGAUUGAACUACCAGUGCUUUUUCAGAUGAAAAACAGUCAAAGAGAUAUGAUUUAUGAAUCCCAAAAUUUUGACGAACUAUGCAACAGCUUACCAACAACAAAUAUUGAACACCAAGAAGCCACGGAAACCAAAACCGUUAACAACGGGGAUAAAUGUAAAAUCUCUGUAAAGGGUUCUAGCGAAUCAACUUUUUGUGACACCGGUGUUGUUGAUAGCAGCUUUGGUAGUUUUCGGUACGAUACAGUUCAAAACCAUGGACUCGAUGAAGAAAAACAAUACUUCUUGGAUGGCGAAACGUCUACUUCUUCUUCGAGCCUGAAUUGUAUGGUGUGCCAUUACAUUGUAGAUGAACCCACGUUACCGGAUACAAUAGACUGUGUUUCCCUCGAUCAGUCGGAUUUGAAAUGUACGUGGAAUAUACCAGAUACUACAAGACUCAACACUGUGAAAUCCACGUGGACUAUUACGUAUUCUGACGGGGCUUUGGCGUACAGGGAAUGCCCUGAGAGGACUGAGGACGAUUACACCAUUGAAUGCCAUAUUCCAGCACAGAAUGACAACCUUAUGGACAUGUUUGAGCCAGCUUCCGAUUACACAAUGAAUCUGACCCUGACUAGUAGUAUUGGCGAAGUCAGUCGGAUAUACCACAUCCCAGUGGCCCAGAAUGUAAAACUUACGCCACCUAUAAUGACUAUAGAGCCACAGAGUAAAGUGAUAGAUGUUUCUCUGGAACUGCCUGAAGAUUUUGAAAGAAAUCGGAACUAUGAGUCAGUUGUGGAAUACUUGCUAACUUAUAGGCCAAGAUGGGGUAACGAAACUAAACAGGUUACGAAUUCCAGUGACAGAGCAAUAAUUUCGAUAUUUUUGCGAAACUGUGUUCCCUAUACGACCUAUAUCGUCACAAUGAAAGCUAAGCCGGAAAAAUCGCUACUCUGGAGUGAAGUAGUAGAAAAGGUCGUGAAAACAAAACCUGAUGUUCCUUACCACAGACCAGAUACGUCACAAGGACUUUAUACAGUUAAUAAUAUCACAUCGAAAACCAAAGGAUUUACUCUGUUCUACAAGCCUUUAGCGAGAAGAUUCUGGAACGCCGAAAACUGUGUUAUUAAUGUGAGGGUUUCAGACCAACAAAAUGGCGUGGUAUGGACUGGGAAUUUCUCUUUAACGAAUGCUUACCUUGAGAUACCUUUUGAGAUCACCCUCCCCAGAUACAAUGCCACUAUUCGUUACAUAAACAACAAGGGACCAGCGGAUAUUGCCUCAUCUCUUAGAAUAACAAAUGAAGAAAACGAAAUGGUUGUUAUUGCUGAAGAAACUAACAAUGGCUACGUAAUUUCUUGGGAAAAUGAUGAUGCCAACAUCUCUGCUGUAACAGUAAUGUGGUGUAUUCGGAAGAGUGCAGAUACUUGUGAGAAUGACGUACAAUGGAAAGUCUUUAAUAACCCAGGAAACAGUGUUCGUCUGCUUGGAGUUGGAUACGACACAAACAAAAUAUUCGGAGUGUCUGUCCAGCACAAGGGCGGGUCCACAACUGGACUGACUUACCCAAAAUGUUACUACCUUCUACAGAACUCUGUCGAUCAACCAAAAUUGGCUUUCACUGUUAAGCGAAAUAACACAGGACAGCUACUGGUCGACCUCGUGACGCCAUAUUGUCAAUAUCCCAGCAGACCUGUGCUGUACCAAGUGUUCUAUCAAGAACAUACAACAAACCAGAAGCUCUCUUGUCCAAAUGAUUUAUCAAAGAAUUUGACAGUUGCUGCCGCUUAUGAUCGUCAGACUAUACCUGUGUCAAACGUUGAUCCAAAGAUUUCGUACGAUGUUUGCUACGGGGUCACACUGGCUAAUAGCAGAACAGUCUAUAGUACUGUUCAAACGGUUUCUGUCAGGCAUUCAGGGGACUCCAAUACCUUUGAAGACUUCGGAGCAGUGGCUGGAAUUCUUAGUGGCAUCCUAUUUCUUUUUUUUAUAAUUUCACUUCUGCGUUGGUUGAAGCGAAAACUGUAUGGCGAAGAUACAGCUAUCAGCAUGCCUCCAAUUGAGUCUUUCGAGUCACCACUUCUAUCAUAUGAACCAAAUCCUGGAUAUAAGGUUAAUUUGUCGGAAGAAAAAGACAUUCGAGAUAUUGCUGAUAGUGGCACUCAGAGUUUGCCUGAGUCGGUCUCCUCUGAUGACCAAGGGCCUGAUGGUGACAGGGACAGUGUAAGCAGCAGUGGUAUUGGUUCCACGAAGUGUGAAUCCGAUGUCUUUUCACCGCCGACGACGCCCACUGACGCGGGCAAAAUCACGCUCGUCUUCCAGACAGAACUGGCUAAACCUUCCCGUGCGGAUCAUGCAAUGUCUACCACACCAGUGACGUCAGGGAAUGAGGAUCAAAAUCCAAGCAAUUCUACCUCCGUCGAGCAGCAUAUUUAUAGUAGCUGUUCGAACCCGAUUGACAGCUACGCGAAAGGGGAUUGGGACGACAACCCUUUAGAUGAGUUACGGGAGAGAUUGGAGAGCUCAGGAGAUUUCUCAGGGGAUUACCAGCACGUUAUGUGUUCAAAUUAUAGUUCAACGUGUGCAUCCGAUUCUGAAAACAUUGAUACAUGUCCUUCAACUCCUGAGUUGACUCGAAAUGCCUCCCAAAGUACAAUAUGUGAUAGUGAGAUGAUGGACGAUAUAACUUCUACGUUAUCCUCAGGAAAUAGCAGUUCUCCGAGUACGUUUCAUUACCAUACAAACAUUCAGAUUGACUCUAGUGGACCAGAUGUGCCGUAUUCUUCUGCCUGAAAUAUACAUUUGUCCCAAUCUAGUAGAGCAUAUACCUCAUGGAAAUGAACGUCAAAACGUCGUUUUUUUUCACUAAAUACAUCACGUAUAAACAAGUUGUGAAGCGAUGGGUUUUCUUUGUGCAAUUAAGUUAAGAAGCUACUUGCUCAUUGCUGACAAUAUAUAGCUGUCACUGUAUUAAUUCAGAUUUACUCAGGGAGAUUUAGCUGCCAUUUUCGAUGAAACUAAUGGAUUGUUGGAGGUAUAUUACCUUCAUAGCAUAAAAAUGCAUAGCAAUGUCACAAAACCCAGAGGUGGGAGCUGUGAUGAAGGAAAUAAGCAAUAAAAGGAACGAGAUGACUGUUCUUGUACACAUGAUGUGUCCAACAUUUACAGCGGCUUUUGAGAGUUGUGUUUACACUGUCUCAGGUGUCAUUAAUUUGCUACUUACAGGAACAGAUAUUAGUCAAUUAAUGGGUGUGACACAAUAUCUUACUCUAAAUUGAUGAAAACAGGCGUAAAAAACUCAAUAGUAUAAUAAAUAAAUAAAAAAAGAGAUUUUGUGCUGUAUUUUCAUCACUUUGAUAGUUAUUGAAUCAUGUAAACUUAAUUAAAGUGCAGAAUAAAGUAUCUUUGAUUUCUUCAAUUAAGGUACUUGAAACAAAUACGUUUGCAUAUAUUGCAUAUAUCGAAUUAUAUAUUCUUUUAUACUACUCUAUUCCAAGUAUUAUUGUGGGUUUUUUAAGCAAAUAUGUUAAACAAACAACAUAUCACUGCUUAUAUAUGUAAUGUGUUCUUUAGGGAUACCAGUGUUGUUCAUGUAAUUGUUACAUAUAUGAAAUACAUAUUAAUAGAAAUGCAUGAAGUUAUGUAUCGAUGAAAAAAGGGUUGUAAUAAAAUUAGUAC